AUUUAAGGUUUUGGCCAAUAAUCCAUCGAGUCUAAAUUCUCAGUAAAGUACCGUUUAUAAAAUCCCAAAAAUGCAGGGUUCACCGGCCUCAAUGGAAAAUGUCCAUAUGGAUAUUUCAGUACUGCCUCUUGUGCACACCAAGGAGCCCAUUGGGUCGACCAUCGAUCCGAAACUGCUAGCAUUCGAAAAAAAAUUCAAGUUCAACUGGAGAAUAAACGAGUUAUCAAAACCAAAGCCCCCAGCCUCGAAAAAAUUUACACCAAAGCCCGUUGAGAUACUAAGAUUCAAAGCCAAACCUCCUUUAAAAAUAAGUGACGAGAUUAAGUUCUAUGCUGACCAUAUGAGCAAACCAAAACUAAAGACGCUAUACGAGAACAGACGUUUGUAUGGAAUCAAUAGAAAAAUGAAACACAGAUUUGACAAAACGAUUUUCAAAACUUGGAAUUCCAUUUACAAUUAUUACAAAAAACUAAUAAGGGAUCGACAGGAAAGGCUCAAUCGGAAACAAGAUAAACAGAAGGAUAAAAAGGCAUCUUUAAAUAAAGAAUUUUAUAUGCAAUUAGCAAAACCCAAGACAUUGUUUAAGCCUGAGCCUAUUCAAAAAACAUCAAAAAUAUUCAGUAACUUCAAUCACCUUGACGAACUAGCAUCCCCUAAAAAAGUGAACAUCGAACCCCCGAAAAGCUUGGAUGUGAACCCAGCAGCUUUAACUUAUGAAGCUACAGAAACGAUUCUCCGCUUGGCUAAGGUACCAGAUAGGCUUAUGAAUUUGCCUGAGCCUUUAGAGCCCGGAGCUGUGAAGAGAGGUGCUCUAAAAUAUCAAGCAACUCCAAGAAUGGGAGAGCUGGCUCAACCGAAACAAAGAAUCGAUAAAAUGAAAGAAGAACUUAUUGCGGAUCCGUUUUUGAUAUCAAGAAAUGCAUUGAAAUAUAAGGCGACACCAAGAAUAUUGGAGUUGGCAAAACCAGUUGAACGGUAGUUGUAUG